UUACCCAGUUUCCAUUGUGCAAACUAAAUAUCACAACUCAUCACAUUCUUUCUUUUAUAAUUUAUAACAGUGUUUUUCUUUCUUUCUUUAACCUUAUUUAUCACUGCCUUUGCAAUAACUUGCUCUCUAACUUUUUCCAUUUCUCUCUUCAUUUUUUUUCAUACAGUGUUGUUACAGAUCUUAUAGCAGUCGGUUUAAAGCGUGGAUCUGACGAGCUUCUUUCUUCAAGUAUCACUAACGGGCCUUUUACCAUGAGCAAUUCUACUCCAGCUACAGCUAAUGGGAAUGACAACAAGAAAUUUAAAGGAGACAGAUCUCCCUGCUCCCCUUCUCGUGUCCUUCACCUUCGUAAAAUUCCAAAUGAUGUCACUGAAGCAGAGGUCAUUUCAUUAGGUCUCCCUUUUGGCAAAGUAACAAAUCUCUUGAUGUUGAAAGGAAAAAGCCAGGCUUUCUUGGAAAUGGCUUCUGAAGAAGCCGCUGUUACUAUGGUGAACUACUACACUCCCGUUACGCCUCACCUCCGCAGUCAGCCUGUUUAUAUUCAGUAUUCCAAUCACAGGGAACUUAAGACUGACAAUCUGCCUAAUCAGGCUAGAACCCAAGCUGCAUUGCAAGCAGUGAAUGCUGUGCAGUCUGGAACCCUAGCCCUUACAGGUGCACCUGCUACUGAGGGAGGACUCCUUCCAGGUCAAAGUUCUGUUCUCCGAAUUAUCGUUGAAAACCUUUUCUACCCUGUCACUUUGGAAGUGCUGUAUCAGAUUUUCUCCAAGUUUGGAACUGUCUUGAAGAUUAUCACCUUCACAAAGAACAAUCAGUUUCAGGCCUUGCUUCAGUAUGCUGAUCCAAUGAAUGCACAUUAUGCCAAAAUGGCUCUGGAUGGCCAGAAUAUCUACAAUGCAUGCUGCACUCUGCGGAUUGAUUUCUCCAAGUUAACAAGCCUUAAUGUAAAAUACAACAAUGACAAAAGCAGAGACUUCACUCGCCUUGACCUUCCUUCUGGUGAUGGCCAGCCUUCCCUUGAUGCCACUAUGGCCACCGCUUUUGGCACACCAGGAAUAAUCUCUUCACCAUAUGCAGGGGCAGCUGGAUUUGCCCCAGCCAUUGGCUUUCCUCAAGCUGCAGGUCUUUCAGUCCCAGCAGUUCCUGGAGCACUUGGUCCUCUCACAAUUACCACCUCUGCAAUGACUGGACGAAUGGCUAUUCCCGGAGUUACUGGUGUUCCAGGAAAUUCUGUUUUGCUUGUCAGCAACCUCAAUGCUGAUGCUGUCACACCUCAUGGACUCUUUAUCCUAUUUGGGGUGUAUGGUGAUGUACAUCGAGUGAAGAUCAUGUUUAACAAAAAAGAAAAUGCUUUGGUUCAGAUGGCAGAUGCAACCCAAGCUCAACUAGCUAUGAGCCACUUGAAUGGGCAGAGACUUUAUGGGAAGGUGCUCCGUGCCACUCUUUCAAAGCAUCAGACUGUUCAGCUUCCUCGUGAGGGACAAGAGGACCAAGGUCUAACUAAGGACUACAGCAAUAGCCCUUUACAUCGCUUUAAGAAACCUGGCUCUAAGAACUUCCAAAAUAUCUUCCCUCCAUCUACUACUCUGCAUCUCUCCAACAUUCCUCCUUCAGUUACUGUUGAUGACCUGAAGAACCUUUUUGCAGAUACUGGAUGUACUGUGAAAGCCUUCAAAUUCUUCCAGAAAGAUCGCAAAAUGGCUCUCAUCCAGUUGGGCUCUGUGGAAGAAGCAAUCCAGGCUCUCAUUGAGCUUCAUAAUCAUGUACUCAACUAG